AUGCCGGCACCCUCCACAUCGGUCGACGUUUGCAUGUAUGAUGGUUUUGGUCUCAACAGCGGUCUUACAAUUAAGGAUGGUAAUGGGGCCCUAUUGGUGAACGGUGAAGCCUUCGCAUGGCGGCCAUGGGAGGCAAAGGAAUCCAUGGAGCUUGUGAAUGGCAAGGGCCAGUUCGAGCUCCCCAGGGAGGCUUUCGGGGUAUUUGAUAUAUUGUGGCCAAGACCGGAUUUACUUAUCAUUGGUGUCGGAAAGCACAACUUGCCGCUCAGUCCAGAAACGAAGAAGCACAUUGCCGAGCUAGGGUUGAGGGUGGAGGUUUUGGACACAAGAAACGCAGCUGCACAGUUCAACCUCCUUGCUACCGAACGCGGCAUCUCUGAGGUUGCGGCUGCCCUGAUACCCUUGGGGUGGAAGGAGGGUGUAGGAGCCGAGGCAUGA